UAAUGUGGCAUGAGUUUUCUCUGUUUGAUUCUACAUUCAGUUCAAAUCAAGUGGCUUCAUUAACAUGACAAAGAAUCAUUUGUGUUUGCUGAAGAUCGAUGAUAUUUUAACAAGCACUACAAAACUGAUUGGAUCCAAUCACACCUCGAAUUAUGGGAGCCCGUCUUUGACAUGGCAUCUAGAACAUUAUCUUACUUCCACAGUAACUCUUUACUGUUUUUUUUUACGCUUGAUUUGCAGAAGCUUGUUCCUACUAUGGCUGAAAUGUCUACCCCAGAGGUCUCCCCCAUGGCCCCGGCUCCUGCCGCGGAGAGCAUGCCGCCGGUGUCUGCGUCGGCGACGUUGUGGCGGCUGAAGUACGUGUCGCUGGGGGUGCUGGUGCUGCAGACCACCUCGCUGGUGCUGACCAUGCGCUACUCGCGCACGCUGCUGGGAGACGGGCCCCGCUACCUGGCCUCCUCCGCUGUGGUGUCCGCCGAGCUGCUCAAAAUCCUCACCUGCACGCUGCUCGUCUGCAGGGAGCACAGCUACAGCGUUCGGGGGCUGAACCACGUGCUGACGGAGGAGAUUGUGAAUAAGCCCAUGGACACUCUAAAGCUGGCCAUUCCCUCAGGCAUCUACACGCUACAGAACAAUCUGCUCUAUGUGGCUCUCUCCAACCUGGAUGCUGCCACCUACCAGGUGACGUACCAGCUGAAGAUCCUGACCACGGCGCUGUUCUCUGUGUCCAUGCUGGGCCGCAGGCUGAGCAUGUAUCAGUGGCUCUCCCUGCUGAUCCUCAUGAUCGGAGUGGUCUUUGUGCAGUGGCCCUCGGAGUCCCCGGCAGCGUCGGGGCCGGAGCAGCAGUCCGCGGGCUCUCAGCUGGUGGGCGUGCUGGCGGUGCUGGCGGCCUGCUGCUCCAGCGGCUUUGCGGGCGUGUACUUCGAGAAGAUCCUGAAGGAGACUAAACAGAGCGUCUGGGUCCGGAAUAUUCAGCUGGGGCUCUUUGGCCUGGUAUUUGGGCUCAUGGGGAUGUUUGUGUACGACGGGAAAAGGGUGAUGGAGUCUGGAAUGUUCCAGGGAUACAACAGAAUCACCUGGAUUGUGGUGGUACUACAGGCUCUUGGUGGCUUGGUAGUAGCUGCUGUUAUCAAAUAUGCUGAUAACAUCCUGAAGAGCUUCACCACAUCUAUCUCCAUCAUCCUGUCUACUAUCAUCUCUUACUUCUGGCUGCAGGACUUCAACCCCACCAGUGUUUUCUUCCUGGGUGCAGUGCUGGUCAUUUUCGCAACCUUUCUGUACGGCUACCAGGGCAAGGUGUCCCCAACCCCCAGCCGUGUCUAAUGCGGAGACUGCCGACACCUGAGGAAUAUUGGGAGCAUGGUGGAGGAAGAGGAGGGGCAUGAGGAGGGAGAGGAAAGAGGGGUGAGACUGGCGCACUCACCUGGUGCUCAUCGUAACUGGAAACGAAGAAAGCAGGGGCGGUCCUCACUGGAUCAUGGUCAGAGCGAGAGGGAGACCGGACCUGUUGGGACUUACCCGGUUUGGGGUCUCCCCCGUAAACUGCUGCUGUAAAACACCAGGCCCUGCUCACACUCACAGCCUUGUACUCGAUACUGUGAUCCGGAGACAUCCUUUCAGUGCAGGCUGAGCAGUCUGAAGAGGGAAAACUGGGCCACUGCACAACACAGAACCAUCUCCCCGCUGGACUGGGCUUUAUGGACCCUUAGUUUCAUUUUGGCUGGGGAGAUGGAAAAAUAGUAUAAUCAAGUAUAAAUGAAGACUGGACAGCCCCAGGGGGCUGC